AUUUAUUCGUUCGUGGCAAACGGCGCGAAUAAAAGCUUCCAACACGGACAUGACACGCCCAUUUCUCGAAGUCUUCCCCAGGGAGAUUCGCGACCAGAUAUACACCUUCGUCCUGGCAUCUCCAUCGGGCGUUGUCACCCUCUCCCCGUGGACGCUUGAAGUCGCACGCUCCCUGUCUCUUGUCCGGACAUGCAAGCAGAUCCGCAGAGAGUGCAAGGAUAUCAUCUGGCUGCACAACGGUCUUAAGCUGCGGGAACCUACGCAGCUCACCCACAAGCUCAACGAUCUGUGGAAAUUUAGGAGCGUCAAAUACGUACAGCAUCUGAAAAUAUACCUGGCACUGCUUGACCGAGACGAGCUGGAAUGGAUGAGCACCGCGUUCCAGGCACUCGCAGGAUGGUCGCGGAACGGAAGCCUGCGAUCUAUUACCCUGACUGCUGUGCGGGACAGGCCUCGCAGCGUCGAUGAGUUCCAUGAGGAGUUAGAUCUGAUGAUACAUGGCGUUCCCGUGGAUGGGAGGUUAUAUCGAGAAUCCUCGGCCCGGACUACGAUGGUGAUUAAUACUGGAUGGCCACAAUUUUCCCACUGGGGCAAACAGAUGUGGCUGAGGGAGAUGCUGCUAGAUCCGAGCCAGACAUACGAGUUUCUCAAGAAGAUGCAUGAUACCUUGCGUGGUGAGUUAUGGGUUGACGGAGUACUGUGCUUCAAAGACCAGAAACAGGUUGUUCAAGCCUUCAACCUGGAUCCAAGAGAUGGUGAAGUACAGUUUAUUGUGGGAGGGUCGUCCGCCAGAUAGCGACUGCGUACAUAUUAACACAGUAUAAGUACUUCCUGUUUUCUCCUUAUCUUUUGGUGGAUUGAGUUGAAUGGUAUCCAACUCGGUGUACGAGUGAGUGCCUACCUGGAUACG